CGCGGCGGAUGAGCGGGCAUGGGGACCUCCCUGGACAUCAAGAUUAAGAGGGCGAACAAAGUGUACCACGCCGGGGAAAUGCUCUCUGGUGUGGUGGUCAUCUCUAGCAAGGACUCCGUCCAGCACCAGGGAGUGUCUUUGACAAUGGAAGGGACUGUAAACCUCCAGCUCAGUGCCAAAAGCGUGGGCGUGUUCGAAGCCUUUUACAACUCUGUGAAGCCGAUCCAGAUCCUCAACAGCACCAUAGAUGUGCUGAAGCCAGGGAAGCUCCCCAAUGGCAAGACUGAGAUUCCCUUUGAGUUUCCUCUGCACGUGAAGGGCAGCAAAGUCCUGUAUGAGACCUACCACGGCGUGUUUGUGAACAUCCAGUACACACUGCGCUGUGACAUGCGGCGGUCCCUGCUGGCCAAGGACCUGACCAAGACCUGUGAAUUCAUCGUUCACUCUGCUCCUCAGAAGGGGAAGCUGAUCCCCAGUCCUGUUGAUUUCACGAUCACCCCGGAAACCUUGCAGAACGUCAAAGAGAGGGCCGCACUCCCCAAAUUCCUCAUUAGAGGACAUCUGAACUCCACCAACUGCGCUAUCACACAGCCCCUGACUGGAGAGCUGGUGGUGGAGCAUUCGGACGCUGCUAUCCGGAGCAUAGAGCUUCAGCUGGUCCGAGUGGAGACCUGUGGGUGUGCGGAAGGCUAUGCACGUGAUGCCACAGAGAUUCAGAAUAUUCAAAUCGCUGAUGGCGACAUUUGUAGAAGUCUUUCUGUCCCUCUGUACAUGGUCUUCCCCAGACUGUUCACCUGCCCCACACUGGAGACCACUAACUUCAAAGUGGAGUUUGAGGUCAAUGUGGUGGUCCUUCUUCAUGCUGACCACCUCAUCACAGAGAACUUCCCACUGAAGCUGUGCCGGGCAUAGUCCAGCUGCAGGAAGGGCUCAGCCGGGGUAGCCACGUGGACAUCACACGGGUCGUCUGCUCACAUGUGGACAUCUCUCCGGUCAUCUGCUCACACGAGGACAUCUAUCCAGACAUCUGCUCACACGUGGACAUCAAUCACAUGGGUCAUCUGCUCGGGCACCAACCCUGGGAGUCUAUAUUUUCAUGAUUUUUCCUAUUGCCCCAAAGCCUGUUUCCUUCAGGUGCCUAGGCUCAGCCUUUCCUCUGGAAUGUAACAGGAUUUCCUCAUGUGUGUUUCAAGAUCUUAGGAAACAUUUCCAACAACCCCAGAUGUGCCUGUUUCUUUUUAGGUUCAGUAAAGCUGUUGUGUCUGAGAUUUGCGGGCCAGCGAGACCGUGGAGACAGAAAGGAACUCUCUCCAGCUUGCCCAGACUCCUGACAGCAAAGGGUUGGCCACCAGCAGGCCCACAGAUUGAAGCUGGGAGGCCACAGUAACGUCAUCUGGGAAUGCCGGCCCUGUUUAAAACCUCCUGAGUUCUUGAUAACAUUCACUAGAACUUCAAAUGCUUUUAGGGAACCAGAAAACAACCAGUCCUUGUUCUCACAGGGACCCUGUGAAUGGUGGCUGCUACUGCAGCUCUUGUGGUCUGUAGAACUGGCAUGCACACUUAAUACUGCCAUGUUCCCAUGUGCCCGGACUGGAAGGCAGCGAGGUUGCAUAAGGGAAGAAUGCAUAUGGCUGCAUCUUUAUAGGUAAUUUCUGAGUGACAGGAGACCAUGCUGGGGAGGGACGAUGGACUUGGCCUGCCCCUGACACUGAAGGACCUGUGGUUUGAGCAGGGCUGUGGCCUGAACUUUCCCCUCAGCCUCUCACUAACUGACACUGUGGUCUCUGUGCACUGACGGGCCCUGAGUGGCUCCCAGGCAGGGGAGUUUUGAUUUGUCUAUUUUUUUAUGCUUACAUCAUAUACUUACUUGUUCCUGUGUUCUUGAUGUAUUUAAACAAUCAAGAAACCAAACAUAGAGGCCACGCUUUUUGGAAAAGUCAUCCUUGAUGACAUAAUUUUUUUUUAAUGAAUAAAGAAUGAUAAACAAUUUUAAAA